GCAAACGUUUUAGUCUUGUGUUUAGUAAAAUUAGUUUAGUUAGUGACGAGAUUUCAAGAGUUUAACUUGUGUUUUAUUCCAACUUGCGGUGGUAUUAAAAUCUAGCCGUACCAACACCACCUCCCCAAAAAUAAAACAAAAACACAUAAUAAUAAAAUAGAAAAAGCAGCAACAACAACAAAAACCCGCCAGCGUAUGCUUCUUUUUUUCCAUGGUUUGUGAGUUAUAACGCUACAAUAAACGUUAAAAGUGCUACUGUGUGUAGAUUUUUUUGUUUUUGUUUUUAUUUCAAACGCCAUAUCAUCUAACAAAAGUGACAACUCAAACAGCAGCGAGCAACUGACAUAACAAAAAACAACUACAGCAGCUACAACAGCAUAAUAUUCAUUGACAACUUCAAGUGUUUUAAUACAAAAGUUUUAAAAAUCCAUCAAAAUCUUAAAUAUUUUCCACACAAAGAUAACAAAAUGGGCGUAACACCACUCAAUUGUCCAACGCUGGUCAGUGGAAAUCUUCAAAAAAUGAAUGCAACACAAAAACGACGCAGCUUCAAGAGAAGGCGCCUGGAGAGGGAGCAGCAAUUUGGUCACACAUGGAGCUGGCUGGCAGGAGUAGCAUUGCUGUGUGGAAUAGUUGCCAGUAUUGAUGCAGUCCCCAUGAACAGUGAUUUUGUGAGAAUAUUCCCCAGUCCCUUGGUUGGAGUUGGUGGUCUACAAUUCUGGCAUCAACGAGUGGCCAGAGAUGUCACAGCAGCCCUGCAAUCGGCCAGCCUGCAACAGAAAAAGGACAUGGCUAAAGAUAUGCUAAUGCAGGGUUCUUCGACGGAAGUCACCAUGGAUCAGCCACAAGGCCAAUGUCUAUUGGAUGGUGAAUAUGUGCCAGAGACAACGGUUUUCUGUGAGAAACAAGUCGGCUGUCGUGCCAUACAAAAGACAGGACACUGUUGUCCUGAUUAUAAAUGUGAUUGCCAAAAGGAUGGUAAAACUUAUUUAAAUGGCGAUAAGUUAGUGGAUCCGGAGACACCCUGCACUGUUUGCUACUGUCAAGGUGGCGAAAUUCUAUGCAGUUCUGUCACCUGCUUCCAUCGUGACGACUGCACACCCAAAUAUAUUCCAGGUGUCUGUUGUCCAGAAUAUGAUAAUUGUCCGGUUGCCUCAUCGCUCAACAAAACAAUGACCACGACAACAUCCACCACGUUGAAGCCAGAACUACCUAUAGCCGUUGAUGAUAAACCGAAGAUAACAAUAAAAGAGAUCACAAAACCCACAGAGAUACGUAUAACCGAUGAUAACAAAGUUAUACCGGUACCACAGAUGUUGAAACCCAAUCCAACAACAACUACCACAACAUCCACUACCACCAGCAGCCCAACUACUGCAGCAACGACGACAACAACGACCACAGCAGCAACACCAAUGCCCACCACACCAGCGAUGAUUUCCACAACUAUGAUGCCAGCUGUCACCACUGAAAAUACACCAACAGAUACUAUAAAAGAAAAGCUUAGCGAAGACACCGACGUGCAAUCCACAAUUGUAGACACAAACCAUUUGGCAAAUGGCAAUGCUGGCUCAUCUCAGCCAUCAAAAGGGGGCAUUAAUAGUGGAGACACUUUGAAAUUAAGCGCUUCGGUGGCAUAUCCAACUGUACAGGGUGGUAUAAGUUCGACUAUGAUGCCUCCAAUGGUUUUGGAAAACAGCGGUGAGGUGGAAGACCCCGUUCCGGCCUUAUCGAUUUUCAGUACCCAGGGCUUGCCAGAAGAUCCUAGUAAGGUGAAUAUUAAACGGGAAUAUUUCAUUACCACCGAGGUGUACGAUGGUCUGGGCAGUGGUGAAUAUCCCAAUUCGGAGUUGAUCUAUGGUGGUCAGUCGGGUAGUUCGGGCACGGGACAACAAUCUUUGGGGGCCUUGCAUCAAUCCUCAGCAGAAGUGGAUGCUGAUACGGCGGGCAGUGAUAAUAUUUAUCAUAUUAUUUUGACCACAGAUGGUCCGAGAUUGACCACCACCUCGGAGAAUUAUUUGGCCUUGAAGGGCAGCGCCAGUACUGAGGGUUCUCCCUUUGAAGAUUUAUCCCCCGUGGCCCUGGAUCCUGCUGCAGUUGACUCCAAACCCCAAGCCUCACCCACCACAGAAGGACCUGAGCUGGCCAAACAUGACCAUGUCCAUCAACAUUUGGAUGAGGAAGAACCUGAAAUCCCCUUGGAAAUCAAUCCGGCCUAUCCAUCCCUUCCGGCCGAUGAUUUUAGCAUUCGUGGAGACAAUAACUAUCAGCUGUCCGAUAAUGAGGAAAUCGGCGAGGAACCACGUAGCAUUGGCCACAUGGGUCAUGGCCAUCACCUGAUGAUGCACCAUGAAGUCCAUGAAAUGGCCAAGAACAGCAAACAUUUGGAUGAUGCCACAUUUGGUAGUGGUAGUGGUAGUGGCAGUGGAAGCGGCAGUGGCAUGGACAUGAUAAUCGAGGAUAUGUCGGUGUUGAUGCCCUCCGCCUCGACUGAGGGAAGUGGUGGCAUGGAUUUAAAUGCAAAAGAAAAAUCCAAGAAAACUCCUCCCGAGCUCAUACAGCUCAUGUAUUCCGGCGAGGAUUCUUCGGAAGAGACCCGUAUCUCAAAUUCUACGGAUUUUCAAGAGUAUGCCAAGAAAUCCCCCGAAGAUUCUUCCAUGGAAUCUGUGGAAAUCUUAAAAACCCUUGAAGCCAUGGUCUCGUCGGGUGAAUUUGGCUCCGGCUCAGGAGCGGGAGAAAUCAAAAGUGAGUUGAAACAGAAAGAAAGAGAGCCAACCACACCUAAACCCUAUAAGGGAGCCUCUAGUCUGGACAUUGAUGAUAUAAGCGAUUCAUCUGGCAAUGGCCCCCACGAUGAUCCCAAAGAAGAUGCCGAAAGUUUGAAGCUAGACGACACGUCUGCCGAGACAACGGCCGAUGCUGAGAAAUCACCCAAGGGUAAUAUUCUGUCCGUUAAGGUACAACAGGAUAAAGCUUUUCAUGAGGAACUGGUUUGAGAGAGGCAGAGACGCCGAGAGAGAAAAAUGAGUAGAGGGUAAAUCGCAACAGAGAAUGUAAAUACUGAACAAAAAAGAAAUAACGAGAGAGAGAUUUUCAAUGUUGUCAAAACGAAAAUGAACAAAACUACAACAAACAGAUAUUGUGUAAAACAACAAAUUAAUUUUAAAUAAUUAUCAAUCAUAUUAUUAAUAAUAUUAUUUAUCAUUCAUUUUAUCAUUUUUUCAUUUUCUAGAGACUGCAUUUGAGAUCCUAAUCAAAUACAUAAAUAGACCGAUAAAUAGAUGAGAGAAUAGUGGAGAAAAAAAUCAUAGAACAUGAAAGCUCCUAAUUAAUUGAUAAUUUUAAAUUAGUAACAGUUUAAAUUAAAAUGAAACCUAGGGAAUAAGAGAACUUUUCUCUCCCGAGAGAGGGAGAGAGAUAGAGAGAAGAAUACAACCUUGUUAUAAUACAGAAGAUAUCAAAACGCAGAAAGAGUAAGAAGAUAAGAGUAUUCGAUUUGAGUAAAAAGAGUUAAAAUUUUUUUUGUUAAUAGAACAAUAAAAUAGCUGGGCUCCCAAUAUGCAAUAAAAUACCGUAAAUAAUUUAUGAACUUUCAAACCUAAAUGAAAAGAGAGCUUAAAAGGGCAAUUGAGUAGAAAUCCAGAGAGACAUUUCAAAAAAGCUUUAGGGGAUAUAUUUGUAAUUUUUUGAAGCCUAGAUGGUAGCGAUGUUUAUCAUUUAAACGACACAAAAUAUGGACAAAAGGACUGGUUUUGUCAUUAACACUUGAUUUUUACAUUUUAUGAACUCUGUACAUUAAAAUGAGAAUAAAUUAAAUUCUCUCAAAUCGUGCAUGUUAUGUACAGUUAAUUCUAUGUGUUCAUUUUCAUAAACUCUGGUUAGUGGUUACCGUAAUGCAACUAGUCAAGUGCGAUUGGCAAUGGUACCCCUUCCCACAUGUAUAGUGUUCGGGAAAUUUGGCAUUUUAAGAAAGCAAUUCAUAGAACUAAAAUAAGAUGGCGUUAAAUUAAAGUUCGUUAACCUUUUGUUUAUUAUAUUUUAUAUAUUCUGCGGCAAUGUUUAGCAGGUUGAUCUAUGUUGAGGUUUUUGAGUUUUAUGAACCCCGUGCAAAAAAUUAAGAAAACACAAAAUUAUUUCAAAUCGUUUAUGCUUUGUAUAAUAUAUUAUUUGUGGUUAUAUUCGUAACGACUAAAGAGUGGAGAGUCUAACCCAUUUCCACAUGAAUAGAGUUCGGAAUAUUUAGCAUUUUAAGAAAUCUAUUCAUAGAACUAAAAACUGAGGUGUGGUAUGUUUCAGUAUUUUUCGGUAGUUUUAUUUAAUACUUUUUACUACGAUAGCCGAUGUUUUCUCUAUGAUAUCGAAAAAAAAUUACAAAACUAGUAGAUUCUUGCAGGUUUUGGAACAGAUCAUAUGUCUACAUCUAUGUUGAGAUUACUGAAUUUUUUCAGUGCUUCUAAAUUUCUGGGAUUAAUGGAAGUAAUCGAAAUAGAAAUAGCAUGAAGAGUGCUCAAAGAUAUAGUAGCCAAUGAUGAUAUUUCUGUAUUUUAUGAACUCAGUACGUAAAACAAAAAACAAUGGGUUCUCGUUGAAUAGAGCCAACAAACCAUUUUGUGGAAUUAAACGGUCAAUUUAAAACUAAUUGCUUAAUUUGUCUUCAAAUUCUUAUCAUCUAAUGUGAAAGUUUGUCUCGCUAAGUGUGACUUCAUCAAAUCUCCCUUGAUUUGUUUCACUAUAGUUUCUCUUUUAUAUAUUUUGGAAAGUGUCUUUAACUGAGUAGAAUUGUCAUAAAUUCCAUUUAUUGCAACGUAAAGUAUCUACAAAGUUUGUGUGCGUUGCCGUUUCUAAAUGAAUAGAAUUCCGAAAGUUUGGUUUAUGAGAUUUAUGUAUUUUAUGAACACAGUACAUAGAACAAAAAAAUAGGUUCCUGACGGAGAGAGCAAAAAAUUUCUCAUAGUUUCUAAACUUCAGUAUCCAGUUACUUAUUGUUCGGAAAAUUUCUACAAUUAUAAAAUUCCAAUUAUAAAAUUUCUACACUUUACAUAAAAGUAAACACACUAUUGCAAAAGGACGAAACAAUAAAAUGGUUGCAUGCCAAUUAUGAUUUUUUUGCAUUUUAUGAAUUUAGUACAUAAAACAAAUAAUAAUGGAUUUUUGUUGAGUUCGCAAGUGAUUAUGUUAUCCGUCUCUUAAUGAAUAGUAUGCAGAAAGUGUUGCCAAUUCUGAGAUUUUUGCUUUUUAUGAACUUAAUACAUAAAACUAAAAACUUAGUACAUAAAACUAAAAACGAUGAGACCUAAAAAAUUAUUACGUGAAGUUCAAUUUUACAAUGGUCACUUCAUAAGUUAUUACUAAAAACUUCAUUUCGUAAAUUCUAGAAACAAAUCACUUGUUUUACCUGCAACACCUUAUCAUAAGUUGUAUAAGUUCCCACAUAAAUAAUUCGGAAAAUUUGACCCAUUAUUGAAUUUCUGCACUCUAUGGACUGUGCAUAAAUGUGAAAACACUACUUUUUGAGCAAGAGAGGGAAAUAACAAAAAAAUGAUUACUUCGGCACUUAUUGCUUUAAACUUUAUUAGUACGAUGCUUCUAAAUUCCUAGUAGCAGUAAAAUACAAUUCAGCAAAUUUGUCUCGUUAAUUGUAAGUCCGUCAAAUGGUCGUCGAAAUGUAUUUCCCCAUGUGGAAUUGGAAGGCGCUUGUGUAUAUAUUCACUCUCUCUCACACAAAAAACUGAGUUUUGAGUUUUAUGAACUGAGUUCAUAUAAUGCAAAAAUAUAAUUAGUGGCCACGGUUUUUUGCAAAUUUAUUCUUUAAGUAAUGUAUUAAUACAUUUCCUUGUCAAAAAGGAAAUUUAAACAUUUGCGUAAAAAAGGAGACACAAAUAUAAAAAAAGAAAAACAUGUAGCCGGGUGUUGUCAAUAGAAAAAAAAAUAACUUUGCUCAGGUCACCCAUAUUUGCUUUUCGCUCUCUCUCCCAUAAAUAACCAGUGUUUGUAGUUUUAUGAAUUGGGUUCAUAAAAUUCAGAAAUCCAAACAUAAACAGUUUAUAGCGUUUCCACGGCUAAUCAAGAGAAAAUCUUUGUAAGAAUUUGCAGUUCACGAAACUUAUCCAGUGGCAACAACCAACAAUAGUGCGAUUAAUUCGACGUGGAUGCCGUUUUGAAGGAGGAAAAUGCUUCUUUGCAAUAAAAUAGGGAACUUAUAUUUGACAGAAAUUGAGUUUAUAUUUGACUAAAAGUUUUUCUAUGAGAUUGUUAAUGUAGGACACUAUUUGUAAUCGAAAUCCCACCAAAAUGAGCAAAAAGGCUUUUUGUUCUGCGGAUUAAAAACCUCAAAGUUUUAACAAAAUUUCUGGAUUUUUCUUCCUGCUCGGUAUGCCCUACAGCUCCAUUUUUAUCAAUUUAUCUUUUUUCAAUCCCAAAUCUCAUUUUUUUCCUAACAUUACAAUUUAGUCUCAAACAAACAAGUAUAAAAAUCAUUUCAUUUGCAAUUGUUUAGUUUUACAUUAAUUUGCUUAGUAAAUAUAUAUUUAAAACUUAUUUAUAUGAUUUAAUUUUUUAAAUAAUUAAAAGUGUCGCCUCAUAUUAAAUGUAGUAUUUUUUUCUUUUAAUUUUAUUUAAUUUUCAUUUAAUUAUUUUAAUUUUUCAUUUAAAUAUAGAAGAGAGACUGAACGUAAUAAGUUUCUUGAGCUUUUUUAUUUGCAAAACAAAACUAAAGUCAUAAUUUUGUUUUAAUAAUAAUUUAUUAUUUUUUAAUUUAUAUCAAAAAAAUAUAUGUCAUAAUUUCAUAAAAAAAAUAAAUUAUAAAAUAUUAUUUUACAAUUAUAUAUAAAUAUUUGAUCAUUUGCCACGCCCAUACGCACAUAAACUAAUUUAAUUUAAAAUUCAAGUCUUUCCAUUCUCGCCACGAGAAGUAAAUAUCGUUUCAUUUACAUUUUUAAUUUUUU